AUGGCGGCGCUGUCUGUGACUGAGGCGGCGGAGCCCCGCGGCCGAAGCGGCCCUGGCAGAGUGAUUCAGGCCUGGCAGCGCAUCCCGUGGCAAUGUGCUGGCCAGAGCCCACUCUUCCUGACGCAUGAGGCCGGUGGGAGGUUCACAGAGGCCGAAGUGAUGGUGAUGGGUGAUGUGACCUAUGGGGCUUGCUGUGUGGAUGACUUUACUGCCAGAGCCCUGGGAGCAGACUUCUUGGUGCACUAUGGCCACAGCUGUCUGGUUCCCAUGGAUACCUCAGCCCAAGACUUGCGAGUGCUGUACGUAUUUGUGGACAUCCGGAUAGAUACCACCCACCUGCUGGACUCUAUCCGUGUCACCUUUCCCCCAUCCAGUGCCCUUGCCCUGGUCAGCACCAUUCAAUUUGUGUCAACCUUGCAGGCAGCUGCCCAAGAGUUGAAAGCUGAGUACCGUGUGAAUGUCCCACAGUGCAAGCCCCUGUCCCCUGGGGAGAUUCUGGGCUGCACAUCACCCCGACUGUCCCAAGAGGUGGAGGCUAUUGUGUAUCUUGGAGAUGGCCGCUUCCAUCUAGAGUCUGUCAUGAUUGCCAAUCCCAAUGUCCCCGCUUACCGGUAUGACCCAUACAGCAAAGUCUUGUCCAGAGAGCACUAUGACCACCAGCGCAUGCAGGCUUCCCGCCAAGAAGCCAUAGCUGCUGCCCGCUCAGCUAAAUCCUGGGGCCUCAUCCUGGGCACCUUGGGCCGCCAGGGCAGCCCCAAGAUACUGGAGCACUUAGAAUCUCGGCUCCAAGCCUUGGGACUUUCCUACCUGAGGCUGCUGCUCUCAGAGAUCUUCCCCAGCAAGCUUAGCCUACUCCUUGAGGUCGAUGUGUGGGUACAAGUGGCAUGUCCACGUCUCUCCAUUGACUGGGGCACAGCUUUCCCCAAGCCGCUGCUGACACCCUAUGAGGCGGCUGUGGCCCUUAGGGACAUUUCCUGGCAGCAGCCCUACCCCAUGGACUUCUACGCCGGCAGCUCCUUGGGGCCGUGGACGGUGAACCGCGGACAGGACCGGCCCUCCAAGACUCCCGGCCGGCCCGCCAUUGGGAAGGUGCAGGAGGGGUCCACGUGUCCCCGUCCAGCCGCGGAUUGUGAAGGGUGCGAUUGCAGAGACGAUGGGGUGGCGCCACCCCCUCCUUGA